AAAAUAAAUAUUAAAAAAACAAUUAACAAGUAAAUAUUGAAAUUGAAAUCAGUAUAAAAGUUGGAUUGGAUUUUGAGGAGAGGGAAAGUAAAGUGAGUGAGAGAGAGAAUAUUAGAGAUGUCAGGGAAACACGGGAGCGGAAUAUUAACUGUACUUAUACUGCUUGCGUUGCAGUUGCAGGUACUACUGGUCGGAGGUGAUUACAUCCCGCCGGCCAAACCAGGCGGUUUCCUUUACAAGAAUCGUCACUUCGAUUACGAUACCAUUCGGAUUGAAGCUUUCUACGAUCCUUUGUGCCCUGACAGCGCUGAUUCAUGGCCGCCUCUUAUACAAGCUCUCGAUCACUACGCCGCUCGUGUUUCCCUCCUUGUUCAUCUUCUUCCCUUACCUUAUCAUGACAAUUCUUUUGUUGCUUCUCGUGCUUUGCACAUAGUGAAUGGUUUGAAUAGAUCUGCUACGUUUCCAGUGCUGCAGUCGUUCUUCAAGUAUCAGGAGAAAUUCUAUGGUGCUCCGACACGUAACUUGUCUAGAGCAACUAUUGUAGAUGAAAUAGUGAAGUUUGUAGCAUCUGUAGUUGGGAACUCUUAUCAGACUUCUAUUAAGAACGGCUUCAAUGACACAAACACAGAUCUCCUGACCAGGGUUUCUUUUAAGUAUGCUACUUCGAGAGGGGUGUCUGGAACGCCUUUUUUCUAUGUAAAUGGAUUCGUGUUGCCGGAUGCCGGAAAUGCUCUUAAUUACAGCGAUUGGAGGAAUGUUAUUGACCCAUUGAUUGGUGCAAAGAAAAGCAUCUAAAAUGAAGAAUCCUAUCACUACAUGUUUAAAGGUUUAUGAAGUUCAGUUGUAUUAGCACUUCAUUAGUGAAAAAAUAAAGAAUCCAAACACUGUAUCUGCAGAUCAAUAGCUGUGAAUGUCCCAAAUACGAUCCAUUUGAAAUAAAAGAAUGUCCCAAAUACGAGAGAUAACUUCUUCA